AUGCACCUUGUAGAAUUUGCAUCUUCUGAGCAACUUUAUACCAUGGAUGAUUCAGAUGAGGAGUUCAUAUCAACCCCUACUGGUACGAGGUCACCCUCAUCAAGAUUAUCCUCCGCUUCUGAAGCUGUGCCCCGCGGAGGGGUGUCAACAAGAACACGGUCACAGCAUAAUGGUGAAGUGAGCGACUUGAAAAGAGCAAAUGGGUAUGCAUGGGAGGAUGAGUAUCAGCGAUCUUGGGAUAUAGUUAAGGAUGACGAACUAGGUAGUGGUUCAUUUGAAGCAAUGGUUCAAACAAUCAUUGAAAAUAGAAAGAAAAAGAUUAUGAAGAAUCCAAGCACCCCCUUCCAAAGAGGAAUAAUUCGGACUUUAGUUAUCAUAGUUGACGGAACACUAGCGAUGGCCGAGAAGGACUUGCGCCCAACGCGACUAUCUUUAACAUUAAACUAUUUACUGGAGUUUGUUGUGGAAUUUUUUGACCAAAACCCUAUAUCUCAAUUAGGGAUAAUUUUGAUGAGAAAUGGCGUGGCAAAUUUAAUUAGCGAAGUGAGUGGGCUGCCACAGUAUCAUAUAGACAGGUUGAAGCAAUUAAAGGCAAGACAGCACAACAAGUAUGAACCAAAAGGAGACCCAUCCUUGCAAAAUUGUUUGGAAAUGGCGCGUUCAUUAUUGAAAUUCAACUUUGGCUCAGCUUCCAACAACUCAAAAAACUCAAAAGAAGUCUUGCUAGUGUUUGGUUCACUAUUUACAAGUGAUCCAGGCGAUAUUCACAAGACAAUAGAGAGUCUAGUUAAGGAUAAUAUCAAAGUCAGUGUGAUUGGGCUUUCAGCACAGGUUGCCAUCUGCCAAGAAUUGGUCAACAGAACCAACAAUGAACCACGAAAUUCGUCAUCAAAGCAUUACGGUGUGAUUAUGAAUGAAACACACUUUAAAGAGUUAUUAAUGGAUUGUGUCACUCCAUUGCCCUUACCAGAGAGUGAAGAAACCAAGGUUGAGACCAAAGGUGUGCCUUUGAUAAAAAUGGGAUUUCCUUCAAAAGUACAACCUAAUGCAACUUCCACAAUAGGAAACUCAGAGUACACAGUGGAAUUUCCACGACUCAAUGCAUCUUAUCCAACGCAGGGCUCUAAUGAUUCAAGAGACAUUGUUGAGGUGAAUGCGGGCCUAGUGACCUCCCCAUCCUUUGGCUACCAAUGUCCACAAUGCAAAAGUAAAGUGUGCAAUUUACCUACGAUUUGCCCGGUCUGCGGACUUAUGCUUAUACUAUCUACCCAUUUGGCGAGAUCAUACCACCACUUGGUGCCUCUUGCCCCUUAUAAGGAAAUACCCGUAUCACCUUCAUACGACACCGACUUUUGCUACGGAUGUCAAUUGAAAUUCCCUUCGGGCACAAAAUCAACGAAGGAAACCAAAACCAUCGAUUCCAUCACGAGUUCUCGAUAUCGAUGUACCAACUGCAACAACGAUUUCUGCAUAAAUUGUGAUGUCUUUGUUCACGAAGUCUUGCACAAUUGUCCAGGUUGUGAAAAUGCACAUUAG